GGUCAUUACGGUAAAUGUGCCCUAGCACUCUAACGAGGGAACGUGACGCUCGAUAAACUGAUCUUCUCUCCUUCAGGUUUCUUCAACAUGACUGAUGAUGUUGCGGUGUGAACGUCCCGAGGUGUUUCUUUGGUUCACUUUCAACAAGCAGACCGGUUUCCAGUGUCUGUCGGGAGCUCGGAUGGAGUGAACCGGGAUUUGUUUUUGUGUGUGAAGCAGAGCCGGAAGUCGGAGCUUCAUGGCAGUUGGGCUCCUGGUUGAGAGUUUGAGACAAGGCGAGUUUCCCGAUGUGGAUUCGUGCGUGUGUCGGGGAUGGGAGAUGAUCUCGGCUGCGUGAAUGUGGCUUCGAAAAAUAUGCUCAGUUUCACCGGUUCCGACGGAGAACCCGUGGGGAAUGUCGCGGACGUGGCUGUGGAAGUUGAGACGCCAAGCUCUGAUUUUGGAGAAGAAGACGGCGAGAAGAAGGAGCCCAGAGUGGCUAAUGUUUUGGACUUCCAGCACUGCAAGAACGAAAGCAACGAUGAAGACGCACACAGGAGACCAUCUCCGGUAGAAAUCCUGAAGAGGAACUUCGGAAUUCCGAAACCAUCCCUACGUGACCGUGAUGUGGAAAGAGAGCUGGAGAUAGUCGACUCCAUGCUGGAGAACUUGGGCCACAGAAGGUUGGCUGGGAACCCCAGGACUCGAUGUAGCUCCUCUUUCCAAGAUGGAGAAGAAAGCUCGGAAAUCCCAGAUUUCUUAACAAGUUUGGAGUUAGGAGAUCCUGAACUUCCUGGUUGUGAAACAAGAAGCUCAGAAGAACCCCAGCAAUCCAAAGAGCACGUCUACUGCACGGUCUACUGUGUAGCCAAUGAUAACUACAGGAAGCCUUCAGAAACCACACUGGCAUCAGAGCAUGGAAGUCAAUCACCAUCAGAUCUGUCGGAUUUUAUCUCCUCGGCUUCAGAUCCAGGUCUAGAGCCAUACACGUUGAGCGACCUCGCAGACCCUCCAGUGCUGAACAAUGUUCUGUUUGUGGGGAACAAACCGUUACAGUGUCGAGUGUGUCUGGUUGUCAGAUCCAUCAGUUCUAUGCACUGUUGCAAAAACCCUGUGUGUGAAGAGUGUAUGAAAACAUACAUCAGUUCUCAGGUUUUCUCAGGCCUCACAGAGAUCGUGUGUCCGAUCCCAGAGUGCAGCGGAUACCUGGCGGAGUGCGUGGUGCUGGCCCACCUUGCCUCUGAGAAUGUGGCGAAGUAUAAGUACUUCCUGGAACUUAACAGAAUGGACUCAGGAACCAAGACCUGUCCAAAGUGUACCUUGUUCACGUCGCUGAAGAGACGCAGCCUGUCGACGCAAAACAAAGAUGAGCCCAAGUACAAGAUCCAGUGCAGUAAGUGCGAGCUGGUGUGGUGUUUUAGAUGCCAUGCGCCGUGGCACGAGGGUUUGAAGUGCCGCGAGUACAGGAAGGGAGACAAGCUGCUGCGAACGUGGGCCAGCGUUAUCGAGCACGGCCAGAGGAACGCCCAGAAGUGCCCACACUGCAAGGUUCAUAUCCAGAGGGUGGACGGCUGCGAUCACAUGACCUGCAAGCAGUGCAACACGAAUUUCUGCUACCGCUGUGGAGAAAAAUAUCGGCAGCUGCGCUUCUUCGGAGAUCACACCUCUAACCUGAGCGUGUUCGGCUGCAAGUACCGCUACCUGCCUGAGAAACCGCACCUGCGUCGCCUCAUCCGCGGCUCCGUGUGCGCGGGAAAAUUGCUCGUGGCUCCGGUGCUCAUUGUUCUGGUGGUGGUGAUCGGAGCCUUGGCUCUGGUCAUAGGUCUGGUCGCAUUCCCCAUUUACUACAUCUGUAAGAAGAAUAAACACCCCAACGGGCACCCAGAUCACUGCUCAAUGGAGGAUUUUUAAAACCACAACAGCAUGCAAGAAAUUUCCUGGUUUACAAAAGAUGGAACUGAUGCUUCAUGUGAGAGUCGUGCUUUUUAAUCUCCGUUCUCUUUUUAGCGCCUUACAACCUUUUUUAUCCGGGUGUUUCCAGAGAUUAUUCAGGGAUUUGAUGGCGGACAAUAGGAAUUCAGAUCUUUAGCUUUUUUUUCUCACACACACAUACACACACACACACACACACACACACACACACACACUGACACAGUGUGCUGCAUUACAACUCUACUGGAAUGUGUGUGUGUGUGUGUGUGUGUGUGUUCCUGCACUGAAGACAAUAGCUAAAGAUUAGCCGUGGAACCGAAUUGGGAUGCCGUACUGCCUGGGAGAUUAUCACCGUGCCCAUUCGUGUCAGUUCCCAAGGCCUUGUUUACACUUCACGCUAACAUGCAUUGUGGAAACUCGCAUCCAAACACCCGACGCCUGUGGCGAGCCGACCUCGUUUCUUUCCCGCAAUAUAAAAAUACGAAUGCGAGGUGGCGCCAAGGCCCGAGGUUCUACUUGCUUUUCAUUAUCAAGCAGGGGUGCCAAUAUUUACGACAUUUACAUUUAGCCAUAGCACUUUCGAUUAGCUGUAAAGGGGAUAUUCAUUCAUGUUUCUGCUUUUCUGCUCAGCUAAAGCAACCAUUCAGUAAAGAAAAAAAGGAGGCACUCAUGCUGUCGCCGACUAUCGAGGCAACCUGGAAAUCUGGGAAAAGUGUAAUUUUGUGAGAUCCAAACAAGAAGGUGGGAAUGUACCUGUCUCGAGGCAGGAAAGCACAAGUGCUGGUUAUCAUUUAUGUGCUUGGAAUAGAGCCAUCCUGUCCACAGACUCACUGUCAACACUGUCAAAAUUUCAUCUCAUCCUGUCACGAGUUUCUUUUCAGCAUUUUUUGACAGGAUGUGCUUCUGAUGCAGUUCCAACAUAAACACCUCUCAUCAUCUCAUUAUUAACAAAUCACUACACAUUUUAGCAAAAAGGCAAUUUACACUACUGUAAUGUAUAAACUUUACAAGUAUAUACGUACGUGGCAGCGGAGCGUAGACAAGCGCCGGUUUGCGAGUGGAGGGCGGAGCCGAGGGCGGGCGCGGUCUGUUUCGAUGUCGAUUGACCGAUAAAAGAAGACGAGCGAAAAUUGGGCUUUGAAAACAGGAAAAACAGAGAAAAAUGCAUGCUCUAACACCGAGACAACUGAACUCUGGUGAGAGUAAGGCAUCUCACGAGGCAGCCUGCUGACGCAUCGUACGAAAAUUUAAACGCUGCACAAAAGAUUUAAGUUUUAUCAACAUCAUUUCAUUUUUGAGUCUAAAAUACUGGUGAUCAGUAUGGGGUUUUAUACAGUCAUUUGUUAAUGAUUCAACAAGUUACGUACAAAAACGUGACAAUUUACACUCAUUUAAUAUUUAAACUAUACAGUGUGUGUAUAUUUAUAUAUAUGUGUGUGUGUGGCAGUGGGUGCAUGGACGAGCGCCAGUUUUGCGAGUGCAGGGUGAGCGUACGCUCCUACAUUUGCUUGCUGCGCAAAAACGUACAAUAUUUGUACAAUUUCGUCGUAUCGCUAGUCGUCAGAUCAAAAAAGUCGAACCAUCACGACUUGGGGACAUGUUUGUGUAUAUGGACAUACAUAAAUCUGAGAUCUUUGUUUCAUAUAACAGAAAAUAUUGGCACCUCUAAACGUGAUGUAAAUAUGUGAAAAUAUCCAUGUUCGUGGUUCUCACAGACGCAUGCAUUAAAGAAAAUUCGAACACGAAGUGUAAACGAGGCCUGAUGUACAUUCACAUCCACCGUUAGAGUUCCAUAACAAGAACUUCACCACGUACCAGAGGAAGAUCUGCGUUCUUCAGUAUGUGUGUAUAUCUAUUUAUUCUGAGGUUCAUUCUGUAUAAAAUGUACCUCCAGUAUGUUUUGAGCUUUUGCACACAAUAUCUGACACAAUAUGACCUUCGAACCCUAGCCAGUUUAAUCGUCGUUGAUGAGGGGUGACUAUAAAUCGCUUCAGAGGUCCACAGUGUUGAAAAUUAUAACGUAUGUUCUUCACAUGUUGUACACUACUCCAAAAAGGAAGGCACGGUGUUGAACGCGGGCCUCGGUACCGGCCCAAAGCUUCAGUGAUGUUUCAGUGAUGAUGACAAUAGCACUUUUACACGUAAGACACAAUCAGGCCGGGGAGUUUUUGGCACUUUUAUUCUCAGGGAGUGCAUUCGGGGCUUUUCACACACGACUUUUUAACUCCUGCGACUGUCAGGGGUUCGCGCUCAUGUCGAGAAUCGGAUACGAGAAGGUCACAGUGCCAUGAGUCAAGUCCAUGAACAUUUAUUUGAGACCUGCUGUUGCACUCUGCUGCGAGCCAAAGGCCUCCACUAGGCCGCUUUCAGUGGUAUUACUGAUGUAUCUUUUAUCCUCCUGUGCCUUUUAAUAUGCUGUAAAUGGGAUUGUAUUAGAGGGAAUUUUUUUUUUUUUUACGUAUCAUUUGAGUCGUAUACUGUACGAGUCACGAGUGCAUGCACACUUUCCAAAUGAUCCUGUGGUACAUGUAUGAGACCACCGCACAAUCUUUUUUUUUUUUUUAAUCGUUACGAAUUUAGAAAUUAUGAAUACACCUUCUCCUGAUUGUAUGUUUUAUUCGGUCUUUUGUUUUGUACCGCCCCCAAAUCCUUUUACACUUUCAAUGCUUAAUCUUGUAGGCUGCUGCACUUUAUCUUUCUAUCACGUCAGUCCACUUCGGCAGACAGCGGGUUAUUACUGUAUGUGGAAUUAAACAGGGCUGCCAAGAUUUGUUUAUUCAACAUCAGGACGUGUUAAGAGGGACUCAGAUGUCUGGUUUUGGCCUUAAUGCUAAUAAUAAAAGGUUAUACAAUACAACCAACA